CACUUAAAAUAUAAUCUGAGGACAUAACUGUCAUCGCAUGCCACCAGAGAUUAAAAGCAUUAGGUUCUCUAUUGUUGCAGUAUUUUAAAAAAAAAAAUUAAAAAAAAAGUCACUGCUGCUGCUAAUAAUUCUGUCUUGAGGUUUUGAAUAUUAAAGAUGGAGCCUAUGGAUAUUGUUGGUAAAUCCAAGGAGGAUGCUUCGCUACCUAAAGCAACUAUGACCAAAAUUAUUAAAGAAAUGUUACCCCCGGAUGUUCGUGUUGCAAGAGAUGCACAAGAUCUUCUGAUAGAGUGUUGUGUAGAGUUUAUAAAUCUCGUAUCAUCAGAAUCCAAUGAAGUAUGCAGUAGAGAGGACAAGCGGACGAUUGCACCUGAGCAUGUACUCAAGGCUUUAGAGGUUCUUGGGUUUGGAGAGUACAUUGAGGAGGUUUAUGCUGCAUAUGAGCAACACAAGAUCGAGACAAUGCAGGACACUUUGAAAAGUGGUAAAUGGAGCAAUGGUGCCGAAAUGUCGGAGGAAGAAGCGGCAGCCGAGCAGCAAAGGAUGUUUGCUGAGGCACGUGCAAGAAUGAAUGGAGGGACUGCUGCCCCUAAGCAACCAGAAAUGGAUCCAAGUUUCGAGAGCUAACCUUCUUGUAGGACUUUAAUUCUAUUAAACCAUAGGCAAGCAAUCCUUGACCCUUCGUUUUGUGCAUCUAAUCUCUCCCUCAUAAUAUCUUGUACAAAAAUCAUUGGCAAGUGCACUGCCUAUGUUGAUUUGCACUUCGAUGUAGUUCAACGUAUGGAUCCUUAUGUCUAUAACUUGAUGUAAUUAAGUAGCGCAAAUUCGUCCUA